UUGACCCGGGCUUUUAUUCUGAAAGUUUGAGUCACUCAGCCAAUCAGGUGUCGGGGCGCUCUGUGACAGGAAGCGAUGUUGCGAAAUCAUUAGUUGCCGUCUUAACGCCGUGAAGGAACGGAUCAAACGCCCUUAUCCAGAGGAGUUUGGAAGCUGAACGCUGAGGAUCUUCUCCAAGUUGAGGACCAGCCGCCCGUCAGCCAUGCUGAAAGCUCUGGGACAAGCUUUAUUCUCCACCGGGCUGAAGAGUCCCAAAUUCACAGCAGAGGAGGCCAAGGGACAGGACUAUGAGAUCCGCACCUACCAUCCCGCCAAGUGGGUGAGCACCACUCUGAGUGGGAUGCAGGGCGAUGAAUGUACGAAGACCGGCUUCCGCAGGCUCUUCAGCUACAUCCAAGGCAGCAAUCAAACCAAGGCCAAAGUGGAGAUGACCGCCCCUGUGACGUGCCGUGUGGUCCCCGGAGCCGGCCCCGCCUGCGAAUCUCAGUUCACCGUGUCCUUCUACAUCCCAGAUGAGCUUCAGGCAAACCCGCCUGAGCCCAGCGACCCGGAUGUGUUCAUGGAGGACCGCAAGGAGUUCACCGCAUAUGUCAGGACGUAUGGCGGGUUCUCCAAUGAAGAUAUGAAGCGGGAAGAGCUCCUGAAGCUUUUGGAGAGCCUGAAGAGGGACGGCGUGGAGUUCGUGGAGCAGCCGUACUACACGGCCGGCUACGACAGCCCCUUCAAGCUGACCAACCGCAGGAACGAGGUGUGGGUCCUCAAGAAAGCGGAGCAGCCGUAGGGAUGCGACAGAAUAAUGUUUAACGACCAAAACACUUCUAACAUGCAGUUGUAAUUGAUGCAGAAUGUCCAGCAGGCGGCGUUGUGUGGAUUUAAAUAGUGCCUUAGAUUUUUUUUUUUUGUAACCCGUUGAAAUAAUUUUAUGCUUUUGUGUUGUUUACUGGUUUAAAGGGAGAUUUUACUAAAUAACUAAGCAAUGUGUUGACAUAUAAUUCUAAAUGUGAAGUGAGCCAGUGUGAAGGUCAGUCGUUUUUAAAAAAUCAUCUGCUGCUAUUGCACCAUCUGCCAAUAAAUGGACCAAAAAUCUGAGGAACCGGUCCUAUGUUGGGUCAGAAAGCCCCAUAACACUCUCAACAGGUGUAGAAUCACGCUACAUCAUUAGUUUCAGUGCCUUGCAAAAGUUUAAGAGCGUUCCUGUUUUUUUGCUUCACUACAGUGACAAACGUCUGUUCUAAUUCAUGGGGAUUUUAUGCAUUAGACCACCAAAAAAAGGUUUUAGAU